GUUUUGGCUCAAGCUGUUGCAGCUUGACCUGUCCGGCGGGUUCCGCCGAUCCGUAUGCAAAUAGUUCAUCGCCUGUCGACCGUACUACUUGAGCCAGGAUGGGCGAUGGCUGCGCGGAGGGCGCGGGGAGCCCCCUUGCGGGCACGAUCGCCGAUAUGUCGCAGUACGGCUCGCUCACCACCCAGGUGAACGCGCCGCACAUGAUCUCCAAGAUGAAGUCCAAAAAGCUCUUCCCGGACUUGCAGGCCAAGGGGGCGCACGAGGAAAGCCAGAUCGUGACGUAUGACCAGCACUCCAUAAGCGACAUGAGGGUUCUGGUGUGGCCAUGGGUUGCCGGGUCCAUCUUCCGGAGGCGGAAGAUUUGGUGGCAGAUCGCGGCGUAUUUGGCUCUUGUGGUGCUUCUCACUUUCUCGCUGCUCAUGAUCAUGGAAAAGCCUUACGUCAUCGAUUACCAGACCGCCUCAGCAUUGUCUGCGUACUUCAACGUGUUCCUGCCAUUUCUUUUUGGCAUCUACCUGAACAACGUUUUUACACGUUGGUGGACUAUGCGCACCUUGGGUAUCGGCGACCUCAACAACUCUGUGAACAACCUGUGUGUCAUCGUGGCCUCGCACCUGAGGGGCCCAGAAGGCGUUUGGCCCAGGCGCCUGCUCGUGCGGUACGGGCUCUUGAGCCUCGAGCUCAUCUACCGCGCCGCCCGGAAUACCGACGGUGACUUGUCGGAUUUGGUCAGCAGCGGGUCACUGUCGCAGAGCGAGGAGAAAUCCUUGGUCGAUCUGCCUGGUCCGGUGAAGGGGCAGGCGGUGUGGGCCUGGGUGCAGAUGCUGAUGGACGACCAGUUCCGGAUGCAGCGGAUCCCUCGAGAGCUCAACAUGCCGGUGCAGAAUGAAAUCAUCAAGGGCCGCACUGCCGUGAAGACUAUCUUCACGCACCUGAACACGCCGAUGCCGUUUGCGUACGUGCAUCUGAUGGCAUGCCUGGUGCACGUGAACCUGCUCCUUCUGGUGCUGCAGGCAGGCAUGGUAUGCACACAGGCCAUCGGGAAGAUUUUGCUGCUGAAGUCCAAAACAGAGACGAAAGAGCACCUGGAGGCUGUCGGCGUCCACGAGGACGGCGCGGCCGGCAUGCACCUGUUCGCGCAGGUGUUGCUCGUUGUGAUGGUGCCCAUGCUCUACCUGGGCUUCCUGGAGCUCGCCUACGAGAUCACGGACCCCUUCGGUACUGAUCACAACGACUUCCCCCGGGCGAUGAUCCACAACACCAUGCAGGACGAGUGCGAGGGCAUCUUCAAGGCAGCAGAGGCACCGCCUGCGGAGCUGGCCUCGGUGCUCAGGGCGCCCGCCGCUGCUCCGGGAGCUGAGCCGUCCGCGGACCGGGUGUAGGUCCCCGGUCGUGCCCUCCGCCAUCGUGGCGUGAGCGUUGCACGAAUGUUGCCAUUUGCCUAUUGGUCCACCCCUCGGACACGCUGUAGUGCCAGGGCGGACGGGCGGCCCGCUCAGGCGAGCCGCUGCCCAUGUGUGCCACCAACGCCGCCUUCUUCGCCGAUGGCGAGGAGAUUCGGCCGUGGCCUGUAGGACGUAGCCAGGCCACUCCCCCUGUUAUGGCUGGUCGGGUAGCCUCGCGGAGAGAUCCCCGCAAUCAGUGUGCCAGCUUCGGCUCCCCCUUCUCUGGCCUUCUCUAGGCCCGCCCCCUGGCGAGCAGACGGGACCGCUGCCUUUUCCGCACCUCGGCGAGCGGUGCGGCGAGCGGGCGGCUGCAAAAACAGAUACACCCUAGACGAUG